AGAGCAUGUCGCACAGACAGACUCAGUCUAGAGGUACCAAUGGGGGGUUUCAAGGAUAAAAACAAAACAAAUAGCUUUGUAAUUCAUCGAAAGCAUAUUUGCAUAUCUUAAAUACAUCUUGGUGCAUAUUAUAGAGAAAUGAACGGUCAAGCAGACGUUGAAGUUGACUACAAGCGUAAAUACAAAAACCUCAAACGAAAAUUAAAAUUUCUUGUUUAUGAGCAGGAAUGCUUCCAGGAGGAGCUGAGGAGAGCACAGAGGAAACUUCUCAAAGUGUCCAGGGACAAAAGCUUCCUUCUGGACAGACUGCUACAGUAUGAGAGGGUAGAUGAAGACUCCUCAGAUUCAGAUGCAACAGUUUCUUCAGAAAAUAGCGAAGGAGAAGGCCUCAGGGAGAGAGAAAGAGAACGAGAUGGAGCAAAGAAGCGAAGAAGUAGUCCCGGGGCAUGUCUUCCUUCAUCAUCCUCCCCUCAUCUCUCCCUGCUGUCCCGUCCUGGUCACCUACAGUCGUCAGGCUCUGGACCCUACCUCAACACCAUGCCCUUCCCACCAGAGUAUUUGGCUCCCCCCGCUGAACGAAUGAAGAAAGAGAGAAAAACAAAGACACCUAAAAACAAGAGGGAGACAACGGGGAAGGUUGUUGCCCCAAUGGCAGCUAAUUACCCAUCAGCCCCUGCGGUCCCUCCGGCAGCCAGCGGCCCCUUCAGCUGGGUUCCCAGACAGAUGCUUAGCGGAGACGCAGCUGAGGAGGAGGGAGAGAGUGACGGAGACAGCGACAGAGGAGAUGAAGACAGAGGGGAGGGAGACGAGGCUGAGCUGGUCAUUGACAUCCCCAAUGAGUGAGCCACAGUGUGUGUUUUAGAUGUAUUUAUAAGCAAGGAAUGGAGGGUGUGUACAUCUGUCUGUGUGAGUGUGUGUGAGAGCGAAAGACAGAAUGUGACUGAAUAUAUUUUCUGUAUUCAGGAGAGCAUUACACAUUUUCAAAACAAAAGGAGGGCCAAGCUCCCCCCUGUGGACUUUUGCUUAAUUGCAGUCAGAAAUCACUCUCAGAAAUAUUUCCUGGAUUCCAAUAUUAUGUUAGGAAUUUAAUCUGUGACAAAAUCCACUGCCACAGGGAAGAUUGGAUACUUUACUUUUUAAACCAUUUCAAGCUGCCUGCUGAUUAUUGUUUUGUCUGAACAGUCGAACUGUGACUACGACUAGGUGUGUCCUGCACAAAGAGAGCGUUUGUUUGUUAUUUGUUUUGCAUUGUCUAAACACCGUCUCAGACUUGGCUUUGCAUAAAUACUGCAAUCCAUUAAUUCUGUUUUUAGUAUGAUAUAGGUUACGCCUUCUUUACUUGUUACAGGAAGUUUUGUACUUCUACUAUGUUAAUGUUUUUUUUAACAAAUUGUCAAUAAUCAAAGCUACUUCGUGUUAAUUGAGACAUAUUAUUUUUGCACCUAUCAAAUUGUGUGUGUCAGAGAAUAAAAAUGUAAAAUGUUA